AUGUCCGAGGCCAAGUCGUUCCGCCAGCUCGCCGGUGUCCCGCCCUCCACGGCCAGCACCAAGGAUUCGGUUCUGGUCAUCAUCGACGCCCAGAACGAGUACGCCCAGGGCGCGCUCAAGAUUAAGAACGUCGAGGCCUCGCGCAAGAACAUCGAGGACCUCCUCGAGAAGUACCGCAAGGAUGGCGGACAGGUCAUCCACGUCGUGCACCAGGUCCCCGAAGGUACUCCCGUGUUCACUCCCGGCACCGAGCUUGCAGAGGAGUUUGCCGAGCUCAAGCCGACCGGCAACGAGGCUGUAGUCAAGAAAAUCCACCCCGGAUCGUUCGCGGAGACCAAUCUCGACUCUCUGCUUCAGAAGGGCGGAAUUAAGCGGCUUGUUUUGGUCGGGUACAUGAGUCACGUGUGUGUAAGCACGACUGCUCGUCAGGCAGCGCAGCGUGGAUACGAUGUUCUCGUUGUCGAGGACGCGAUUGGCGACAGGGACGUCCCCGGCGCCUCGGCGGAGCAGCUGGUCCAGACGGUUUGCGCCGAACUGGGCGACGCCUUUGGCACGAUCAUCAAGACCGCUGAGGUCAAGAACGCCUAA